AUGCAUCUCUCCACCAUCCUCCCCGCUCUAGCAGCCCUCCUCCCGACCUCCACCGCCUCCGCCAUCCGCCAAGUCACGUCAGCCUCAGACCCCGAGCCCGCGCCCCCAAAAGUCCUCUCGGCCUACCUCCACCCCCGCCCCUCGGCCCAAAAUCUGUGCGGCCUGAGCUCCUUCACGGACCUGACCAACGACGAUACGUCGCCGCCGUGGAGCGACUGCGCUGCCAUUAGUGUUUUUGCGGCGGAGAAUAAUGGGUCGUGGCUGUGGACCAAAGCCGAACUGGGCAUCUCCACGUCCACCAUCGUCCUCCUUCCCCCUGCCAACGGCACACACCCCACCCCCACAGGCAAGAUCGUAACCCGAGACGACGGCAACUUCAACUUCACGUCCCGCGGCUGCGUCCUGCUGCUCCGGUACGACGGCCCGGAAUCAGACGCCCACGACGGGGUCGGAAAGCGCGCAGCCAUCCCACCUCCCACAGAGGUCGCCGUGGGCAAUCGGGACGUCGCGUAUGUCUUGGGCCGCGUCAUAGCGUCCGGGAUCCGCGGCGAGAGGGCCGAGGGGAUGGGGAAUUUCUCUUGUCGGGUGCCUGUUCCGGGUCCGGAUGAGAUUAUACAAGAGAAUUACAACGGGACGGACACGGUUAUACAGGAGAAUACUGGGACUGGGAAUGGAACGGUGACGGUGGGAAUUAGUUGGUGGCUGAGAGCCGCAGAGGGUUUGGAUGCGGUAAAUGAUGCGCCUUCGUAG